AUGUUUAACCAUCCGUCGAAUAAGCCUCAACCCUCUGGCUUUGACAACGACACUUUCGGCUUCUCUCCACAGCCCUGGACCAGGUUCGACACCAACCAAGGCGCGACGUCGUCGUCCGUGGGACACCCUCACCACCCCAGCCAUGGAGACAACCAAUCCUUCCACGCCUCCUCCGACAUGGACUGGUCGACGACACCGUCAGAGGUGCCCUCGGGCUACCACGACGACACCCAGGGAUCCAACGAGAUGGAGCUCGACAAUCUGGCGUCUGGAGGCGGCGUCGGCCGCCUGGUAGCACACUUCGAAAACAAAGGCUUCAACCCUUUUGAGAACAAGACCUCUGCGCCUCCGCUGCCUCCCAGGCCCAGUCACAGCGUCCAGAUCCCUCAACAGACACCCCAAGUUGGCUCAAGACCCCAGUUCGACAACAUGGGAUACUUUGGCUCCCACGGUGGUGGCUCGAACGGAUUCAACCCCAAUCGGAUCGCGACGCCUAUCCAGAGCCCCGUCGAGUCCCAGUGGGGUUCGUUCACCAUGCAGUCGAGGAUGAUGAGCCCCAUCGCGACCAACUCACCAGCCAUACCGUUCGGCGGUUUCCAGGACAACUCUCGCGUGACCAGCCCUGGGGUCGGGCCCUCGUCCGGGCCGUUUGGGAACCUAGACGACUUCAUGUCUGGGAACCGAGUUCAAAGUCCAAUCGCCCCAUCCCCGAUCCCGUCGUCUCAGAUGGCUCCAUCGCCGAUGAUGGCGUCUCCAAUGGUAGCGUCUCCCACACAGACGGCGCAGCCCGUGGGAGGUACACCCGGAUUCGAGAUCUGGCGGCCCCCUGGAUCGGUCACUAUCAAGACGGAGCCCCAGACCCCCAACCCGAUCGCCAGCCCCGGUGGCUACUUCAAGCCGCCCGUACCAACGACACCGAAACCGAACAUGAAUGCUGGAAACCAGUUCAUCCUCGAGUUUAACCCGAGUGCCAGCGCAAAAGCCAAGGGCAAGGCUCCCGCGAAACCUCCGAGGCCGCGCGUAUUGCCCCCUGUGCCGGCCCCAUUUAGCCCAGAGGUGAAGCAGGAGCCGGCUACACCGCAGCCGUCCGAUGUGCCGCCUUCAUCCACCCCUCUGCCGAACCAGAGGCAAGGAUCGAUUACUCUCCGUGCUCAGGGUGGAACUCGACCGUCACGGGAACAGGUUCCUGCUGAGGCUUGGGAGCAAUUCAAGUCAACCAUCCGAACCCUCUAUCUCGAGGAGAGAAGACCGCUGAAAGAAGUCAUGUCCAUCAUGGCUGAAAAGUACAACUUUCAAGCGACGCCAAAGAUGUACAAGACGCGGUUUUCCCAAUGGGGUUUCGUAAAGAACAACACAGAGGAGGAAGUCAAGAGGCUAUUGUCCAUGAAAUUCCAGCGCGACGCCGAGGGCAAAGUGUCCGAAUUCGUCCGAAACGGAAGGGUCGUGAACCUGGGCACCUAUCUCAAGAGGAAGGGCGUGACCGAGUACGACCUGAUCGACUUCGAGCUGCCCGCAGACCUGCCGGCCCACGUGCGAUGCCGAACGCCGACGCCGCCCCCCACGCCGGGCUACUUGCAGUCGCCGGACCUGGUACGAGCCCAGGAACUCGUCGUUGGGAACAUGAGAAAGGCGUUCCUCCACAGCAGGCAGUUCGAGGUGGAAACGGACGCCCAGAUUGGCUGGCCGGUGACGAUGGUCUGGGGCGCGGGAUCGAGCGAUUUACUGAUGGAAGCCAACUUUUAUUUCGAAGCCAGGGACGCUGACCAGGGUGGCCACUUCCUCAUGCGGGCGUUCAAGCAGCUGGAGGUUGACCUGAAGAAGCUCUCUCCGCUUGGCAUCAACGAACUCCUCCUGGGCAUGGUCCACCGGGACCCCGGUAUGAUGACGGCGCUCUGCAAGUACCUUGCGGCGUACUCGAGCACCAACCUGGAGCGGUCGCAUCCUCUUCGGCAAAUCUUCACCUGCCUGUACGAGGUUCAGCAGAAGCACGGUUCCGUGACGCUCUCAGAACUGUUGUGGGGAAGCUUCCCGACCAUAGCGGACGAGCUCGAGGCCAUAUACAGCCGCCGCCACCCAUACGUUGCACGGACGUGGAUUGACCUAGCCUUGUUCUACAACCACGUCAACCCGGAGCGGCUGGAGAAGCUCGUCGUCGAGCUGCGAGCCCUCCAACGCCCGCUGGACCAGCGGCAUGGCACCAACAGCGUCGAGUCGCUGACGCUGCGAUACGCCAUCUUGCAGCUGCUUUAUGCCGCAUCGCCGAACAGCGACGCGACGAAGCAUGCCGCGCAUGACGUGUGGAACCAUAUGCGCGGGAUGGGCGUGGUGUUUCCCGUUCGCGACGCCAAGCCCAACGUCUACUGCUACCACAGCCCGGUCAAGGUGGACCCUUGGACGAAGCGAUGCCGACGACGAUACGACUCUGGCGUUGCCAUCAUGGAGACCCAUGUUGGGGUCAAGGUUCACCCGUACUUUGAGGAAGAUUUCCACACGACUGUCCACGCGCCGGAUGCUCAGGAGGCAUGGUCGUCGGCCAUCAACCAUAUGCACUCGUCGAAGUGGUCUUUCAUCUAA